CCGCCCGCCGCGCCGCUACCCGGCUACCGCGCCGCCGCUGCCGCUGCCGCCGCUGCCGCCGCCGCCGCCGCCGCCCCCCGACGCCUGGGUGAUGCUGGACAUGGGAGAUAGGAAAGAGGUGAAAAUGAUUCCCAAGUCCUCGUUCAGCAUCAACAGCCUGGUCCCCGAGGCCGUCCAGAACGACAACCACCACGCGAGCCACGGCCACCACAACAGCCACCACCCCCAGCACCACCACCACCAUCACCACCACCACCACCCGCCGCCGCCCGCGCCCCAGCCGCCCCCGCCGCCCCAGCAGCAGCAGCAGCCGCCGCCGCCACCCCCGGCCCCGCAGCCCCCGCAGGCACGAGGAGCCCCGGCCGCCGACGACGACAAGGGCCCGCAACCGCUUCUGCUCCCGCCACCCGCCGCCCUGGACGGGGCCAAGGCCGACGCGCUGGGAGCCAAAGGCGAGCCGGGCGGUGGGCCCGCCGAGCUGGCGCCCGUCGGGCCGGACGAGAAGGAGAAAGGCGCGGGUGCCGGGGGGGAGGAGAAGAAGGGGGCGGGCGAGGGCGGCAAGGACGGGGAGGGGGGCAAGGAGGGCGACAAGAAGAACGGCAAGUACGAGAAGCCGCCGUUCAGCUACAACGCGCUCAUCAUGAUGGCCAUCCGGCAGAGCCCGGAGAAGCGCCUGACGCUCAACGGCAUCUACGAGUUCAUCAUGAAGAACUUCCCUUACUACCGCGAGAACAAGCAGGGCUGGCAGAACUCCAUCCGCCACAACCUGUCCCUCAACAAGUGCUUCGUGAAGGUGCCCCGCCACUACGACGACCCGGGCAAGGGCAACUACUGGAUGCUGGACCCGUCCAGCGACGACGUGUUCAUCGGCGGCACGACCGGCAAGCUGCGGCGCCGCUCCACCACGUCUCGGGCCAAGCUGGCCUUCAAGCGCGGGGCUCGCCUCACCUCCACCGGCCUCACCUUCAUGGACCGCGCCGGCUCCCUCUACUGGCCCAUGUCGCCCUUCUUGUCCCUGCACCACCCCCGCGCCAGCAGCACUUUGAGUUACAACGGCACCACGUCGGCCUACCCCAGCCACCCCAUGCCCUACAGCUCCGUGUUGACUCAGAACUCGCUGGGCAACAACCACUCCUUCUCCACCGCCAACGGGCUGAGCGUGGACCGGCUGGUCAACGGGGAGAUCCCGUAUGCCACUCACCACCUCACGGCCGCUGCGCUCGCCGCCUCGGUGCCCUGCGGCCUGUCGGUGCCCUGCUCCGGGACCUACUCCCUCAACCCCUGCUCCGUCAACCUGCUCGCGGGCCAGACAAGUUACUUUUUCCCCCACGUCCCGCACCCGUCAAUGACUUCGCAGACCAGCACGUCCAUGAGCGCCCGGGCCGCAUCCUCCUCUACGUCGCCGCAGGCCCCCUCGACCCUGCCCUGUGAGUCCUUAAGACCCUCUUUGCCAAGUUUUACGACAGGACUGUCCGGGGGACUGUCUGAUUAUUUCACACAUCAAAAUCAGGGGUCUUCUUCCAACCCUUUAAUACAUUAACAUCCCGGGGACCAGACUGUAAGUGAACGUUUUACACACAUUUGCAUUGUAAAUGAUAAUUAAAAAAAUAAGUCCAGGUAUUUUUUAUUAAGCCCCCCCCCCCCAUUUCUGUACGUUUGUUCAGUCUUUAGGGUUGUUUACUAUUCUAACAAGGUGUGGAGUGUCAGCGAGGUGCAAUGUGGGAGAAUACAUUGUAGAAUAUAAGGUUUGGACGUCAAAUUAUAGUAGAAUGUGUAUCUAAAUAGUGACUGCUUCGCCAUUUCAUUCAAACCUGACAAGCCUAUCUCAAAAGGCUGCCAGAUUUCCAUGUGUGCAGUAUUAUAAGUUAUCAUGGAGCUAUCUGGUGGACGCAGGCCUUGAGAUCAACCUAAAUUAUGGAGAGAGUUUAAAAAAAAUGUUAAACUGUAAUUUGUAUUUAAGAAUUUGUAGUAAAGGUGCCCAAGAAAUUAUAUUGGCCAUUUAUUGUUUUGUCCUUUUUCUUUAAAGAACUGUUUUUACCUUUUGUUUACUUUUAGACCAAAGAUUGGAUUUUAGCAAAUGCACUUGGUAUACUAAGUAUUAAAACAAACAAACAAACGAAAAAGCAAAGUUGUUUAGUUGGCAACACUGCCCAUUCAAUUGAAUCGGAAGGGGACAAAAUUAAGGAUUGCCUUCAGUUUGUGUUGUGUAUAUUUCGAUGUAUGUGGUCACUAACAGGUCACUUUUAUUUUUUCUAAAUGUAGUGAAAUGUUAAUGCCUAUUGUACUUAUAGGUAAACCUUGCAAAUAUGUAACCUGUGUUGCGCAAACGCCGCAUCAAUUUGAGUGAUUGUUAAUGUUGUCUUAAAAAUUUCUUGAUUGUGAUGCUGUGGUCGUAUGCCCGUGUUUGUCACUUACAAAAAUGUUUACUAUGAACACACAGAAAUAAAAAAAUAGGCUAAAUUCAUAUAGAUCUUGAUAUUUUUGUCUCUUUUAUUAAGUAGAGCUAAUUUGCCAGAUACCAUUCAAUUUAUAGGUAAUUCGAAAGCUUUUUUCAGCCAAGUUGGAGUUUAAGCUGCUCCUUUAAUUUCAACUGAGACCAAAACUGAGAAUAGUAUCCUUUUUUUCCCCUCUUUGUGAAACAAUUUUACCAGGAGCAGGCUACUUAAUUAAUGCUAGCUUUAAAUGAAAUAUAGGCUUUUCAGCUGAUAUCUUUGUUUUUGUAGAUAUACAGCAAAAAAGACAUUCAAUUUUAUGUGUAUAGCUGUUUAUUUUGUGCUUAUUUUAAAUUCAGUUGAUAGAAUGCCCUUUAUAUAUAUAUUGUUCCAGGUAUCUUGUUCAUAGAACUUGGCAAAUUAUAAAUAAAUAUAUGUAUAUAGUUAGAAGUGAAUAAUGAACACAUUAUAUAUGUGUGUAUAUAUACACAUAUAUACAUAUGUAUACAUAUGUAUAUAUGUGUAUAUAUAUCCCUUCAGUUCAGGUACAAGUUGCGCUAUGAAUGCUGCAAACAUUUUUGUUAAAUAUUUGUAUUUAUACUUUCUAAGUCAGCAUUUAUUUUUGUGGCUGUUUACCCACAAUGAACGAAUUCUAAUAAAGAUGUGCUGAGUUGCAAUGUAGAGCUUGCUGAAGUGAUCACCUGUUGUAAUGACUCACAGAUGGAUAUUGAUAUUUAAAUUUUUAAUUACAACAAUUUAAAAUUCUAGUUACUCAGAGUAAAAUACCCCAUCUCCCCUCUCCAUUUUUACAACACAGAGGUAUUUGUUUGAUUCUCUUUUCAAUAUAUUUGUAUAAUUUAAUUUACAGACAUGUUUCUUUUGCUUAAAUUGAAUCAUUUUUGCUUUAAGUGCAGUAUGCAUAUAUAAGAGAUACAUUGCAUGUGUAUAUAUAUGCAUAUAUAUGAAACAAAAUGAAAACUUUUUCAAUUGUUUCAGACAGCCCACUUGCUAUAAUUCCAGAAAAUAAUUAGAAAACCCGAGUUAAAGGUUCAGUAAUUAAUUGGAUCCUGUGGUGAUUCUGUGGAAGACAAGUUGUUCAUUUGUUACAUCUGUAUAGUCUGAAAUGUGUUCUGCAGUAGUGCAAUAAGCUGGCCACUUCUUACAAUGGGCCCAGUGAAAAAUAAUCUGUCCCUAAGAUGUUAUCAGCAAACACUUAGAGAGUCGCUCAGGGAAGGGGUGGGGGUGACUAGUGGAGAAGCAGGUUAGCUAAAAUUGAUUUGAAAGUCAGAAUAGCUGAUGUUGGAAAAUGGAGGUGGCUGGAUUGUGAAUGGAGAGAGGAAGAAAGGGAGGGAGGGAGGGAGGGAGGGAGAGAGAGAGAGAGAGAGAGAGAGAGAGAGAGAGAGAGAGAGAGAGAGAGAUCUAUCCCAGGAAAUUUUGAAAAGCUGGAAUCAAAUUUAGAAGAGAGGGAUAGGCAAAAAUAGACUGAGAUGACUAGUUGGAGUAUCUCCUUUAGGGAGACAAGAUUUUGUUUUCUUAAUGUGAGAAUAGAUUCACCUUAGAUAUAAGUUUCUUGAAAUCUAACAGUUGUUUAAAGUGAAUCACAAAAGGAAAGUACCACAAAUUACUGUUAAAAAAAAAAAAAAAGGAGAAGGCCAGUGUGGGCUUAGGCACAGGAAAUCUUCAUUGAGAGGCAAACUAGCUUGGAGAAAGGCCUACAUUUAGGCUGGGGGAAAAGAUGAUGAUUUAUUGCUUGCUUCUGUUAUGGGUUUUAUGUAUGGAAUGACUAUAUACUAUCACAGAGGAAAUGCAGUAUUGCAAAAGCUGAAAAGAAACUGAAUUCACAUAGUAAAGCUAAAAGAUAGAUACUGAAAGAAACAUUUUUAUGUGUAUUUUCCCUCUGGCCAAAGUAAAUUAACUAUCUAUACUUAUUGGUAAUUUUAUGAAAUGUUUAUCUAGAAGAUAGAGAAAUACAAUUUCAAUGGCAACUUUUUGUACUUUCAAGUCUUUUUAAAGACUUCUUAAAUUCAUGGAACUAAGUAUUGGAGUAGUGCUUUAGCACAUGUCUAAUUUACAUAUGUAGUGGAUAUGAUCAGAAAUUAGUUUAUUAGGCUUCCUAGACAUGAAAAAGAAUAUAUGGAAAGAGAAGUUGGUAACGGCUUUCUGAAGCCCACUGUGUGAACACUUAUUUCAUUUAUCCCGAUCUAGCCUCCCCUCCCUCUUGAUACCCUCUUUUAAAAACCACAAUCUGGUAUGUCAUUGGUACAUUUAGUUUUGCUUCAGACUGGUGGUUACAAUGUUUUACUGUGUUGUCACCAACGGCUGCAGGUUACAGUUAGUUCAUUCCAGACCAACAUUGCUAAAACUUUUUGAUGAUUAUUUUCUUUCAAACUUAUAAUUGCUUAAGAUGAAAUGGAGGCUGCCCUUUUUUGAAAUUUUGGAAAAGAAAAUGAUCACAAUUUAAACAUUGAAACUACAAAUGAUAAUAUUAUAGAUUUAGUGUUUUACUUUAAUUGACAUAAUUGAAAGUUAACACAAUUGUUACUACAUAAACACAGAAGAAUGAUAAAAAUAUAGCAGUGAAGGAGUUUCUUCAUCUAGUUGCAAAAUUGGAAAUUGGGUAAAUCUGAAACUGUUCAACAUAAGUGUCCUUCUGGUCAAAGUACUCUUCCAGAGGCUUCUAUGCCUGGAAUCACAGCAAGGGCAGUGAGGGGGGAAAAAUGUCUUGAAGUGUAUUGAUUAUAAUAUGUAUUCAAGUUGGUCCAUAUUUUACUCCAGUAGAUGGGUUAAAGCAAAUAUAUUAGAAUUCUAUAUGAAAGUAUGAUAUUUUUUUUACAACGUGUAUUUUCUACUUUCUCACUGAGGAAUUUGCAUGCAUUGAAAUAAUUUUAAUUUUGAUGAAUUAGUUUUGUCAACAGCUAAUGUAGUUGGUUGUUUUUGAGGCUGAAAGCCUGCUGGAGAGUGAGGUUAACAAAGGGUGAAGGUGAUGAUCACUAGAGCUUUUAGGGCUAGCUGAGACCCGGCUGCUGAGGUUGUGUAACUGUGCCUAGAGGGCGGGGUUCCUGUACGUUCCUACUUCAGCAGACAACCUGCCCCCAGCACCGCUCCAAUUUCUGCCAGACAGAUGGAAAGCUCCAAAGGAAAAAUCUGCGCAGCCCUUCCAAGAAGCAGGGUUCUGCUUGAUGUUGUCGGAAGGCUGUGGAGGCGAAGGACUUGAGAACCGUGAACACUCUCACCCAGCGAUCGAACUUGGUACAAGGAAGGCUGGCGUGAUCAUUCACUUCACAUCAGAGGAUGUCUAACCGCCAGUGUGCUGACACCAAGCAGAAAUUUCCACGUUUAAAACAGCACUCCCUGCACUCAUCAUAUGUCCCUGGAGAGAUUGCUUCAUCGUUUUUCAGACCAAAAGAAAAAAAAAAAAGAAAAAUUGAUCCCUUUCAGUAUCCUCCAGUUUCAGAAGGACUAGAUAAAACUUUAUGUGCAUUCAGAUCUCUUCCAUGCCUGAAUUCCUGGUCAUCUUCAUAUCUUCUAUUUCCAUAAAUAAAGAUAAAAUAGUAAUAAAUGAAUAAAGUUGUUUUGGUCUCAGCGAAUCAAUUGAGGCUUGGCUUAACCAGUCCAAGCCUGGAAAACUGCAAUGGACAAAUUCAUCUGAUCGGUGUGUUUGCUGCCCCUUGACAAUACAGGUUUUGUGUGUGGGUCAAUACUUCUCUUGGUAUUUGUCUAGUUGGAAAAGAGAACAAAAGUACUGCAGUUCUGGGCUUUGUGCUUGUAGGACACACACCUGAAAACUUAGCUCUGUCACUCAUGGUGAGCCCAGGGCACAGCACUAUUUCCUUAUGCUGCAUGCAAGCUUAUGUGUUUUCUGGGCCUCUCCUCUUUCCAGACCAGCAGUUCUUGCUUGAGAUAGGACUUGUACAAUUAUGAAACAACUCUUCUCAUAGAAGGGAUUUGUAGAGCUUUAUUCUAGCAAUCAAGAUGUAUGUGAUUAAAUGAUUGACUAGGGCUGGGGAUGUAAGGUAGUGCCAGACUGUGUCCCUAAAAGUGAGUAUGGCCCUAGGUUCAGUCCUUGGUACCUAUGAUUAACCCAAGGGCCUAUCCUAAGUGGGAGGAAACAGCUGCUAUUAGUUAUGCUAAUAUGUGAGAUAUUUUAGUGUGCUUUACAUUACCCUGAAAUUAAUUUUAAAUUUUGAGACUCUAUAUUUCUGGCUGGCCUAGAACUCACUAAAUAGUCACUGCCUCCCCAGUGCUGGAAUUAAAGGCAUGUAGCAUCACACUUGGUGAUUUUUUUAAGUUCUUAUGGCUUUAUAUAGAGAGGUAUCAUCAAGAAAUCUAAAUAAAAACCCACAAGAUGAGACUUUCUUUUUAUUGCUGAAAUUCAACAUCAACACAGCACAAACGUGCAAAGCUGUCUUUGGAGAACAGGUUAAUUUUUCAGCUACAACAUUUGAGUUAGGUUAAUUGGAGGCAUUAGCAUACCCACCAAGGAAAUAGUAGCCACAGAAGUAGAUCAAUGAAAAGCAGAAGACAUACAGAAUAAGUUAUCUGAGCAUGCCUCCGAGAUGAAGGAGGGUCUUCAUUUUGUUAGACUCCAGUCCCAAUGAUAAUCCUAGUUGGACUGUGAAUCAAUAUCGGGUGAUUUAAAUUUGCUGCUAAUAACUGUUCAAAUCACAAAUGAUACAUACAUUCAGAACUCAUGUUUUCCAAGCGAUAUUCUUGAUUACAUGGCUUUCAAUGUAGUUCCACUCAGAAAAUACACUAACCACAGAAAUGAAUAUAGUAGCAGCUACUACUAAGUGAGUCAUGUUCCAUGCUUUCAGUGAAGUUUGUUCACUGAAGUUGUUUGUCAUAAAUGAACGUUUUCAUUUCUAAGUCAAAAUAUUUCUUGACUAUAGUAAAAUAACUUCUUUACUAUGUCUCUAUAUUUGAUGUGGGUGGGGGAUAAAACUUUGGUAUGCCCAUCAAAGUCACUGUAAAGUUUCCAGUGUGACAGGCUGAUCCAAAAUUGUACCUGUCACGUCCAGUCACUGCUGUCCACCUUUGAUAGAAAACAUUCACAAUCGCAUGCUUCUAUGUGUGAAGGAGAGUACUUGAAGUAAAUUAUCAGUCUGCAAAUAAUAAUUUGAUGGGACCAAAUAUUUCCUGUAAUGCAAUAUUGUGCAUUUAAAAUAUGAGCAUGAAGGGAAGGCCACUUAAAUGCUGGAUUUGCUGUUCAGUAGCUUACUAGCUGUGAGAUCACCUUAAGUAUACACAUCAACUUCAUCUGUAAAUGAGGUUAUUGUGUUAAAAUUGUCAUAUAGGAAAUUAAAUUAUGUAAAUGGCACAAACUACCUAGCAGUAUGCACAAUGUAUACUAGGAUAUACAAUUUAAACCGACUAUGAGAUACCGUUUCACCUCAGUUAAACAGUCUUCUAUUAAAAGGCAUAACAUAAAUUCUAGUAAGGAGUCAGAGAAAGGAGAACUUUUGCUGUUGGUGGAGAUGAAAACAAGUACAGCAGGGGAAUUCCAGAGGGAAACUAGACAUAGAGCUGUCAUAUUAUCCUCAAAUCUUAUUACUGGUAGAUAUCUAAAGGAGUUGAGGCCAGUGAGUGUGUUAAUAUGUGAGUAUCUGUACUCACAUAUUCAUGGCAACAUUAUGAUACCCAAUAUUUGGUACAAGACUAGGAAGUCAUUGGUGAAUGAGUGAUGAAGAUAAUGUGGUAUAAACACACACACACA